UAUGAGGACACCCAGAGCCUCUAUACUGUCACGGCGCUAAUAGUGACACCCUUGUCGUUGUUUGCUCUCAAGAAAAUUGUGCCUAUCGCGACCUCAAGAUCCCGGUCCCAAUCCAAAAUCGAUGGCUCCAAGAUACUCCUGGGGAUUUUGGUGGCUCUCAUCAUAGUUCUUAACCUUAAUGUGUGGUACUAUCUUGUCAACAGUAUGAUUGACUCUCAUAACAUUUACAAGUCUGUCUCGGGUCCUUCAUUCAACUUGUUGAACUCGCCUAUUUCUGAAAAGAUAGUCCUGUUGGAUUAUUCUGACGUCAAAAUCCCUGGAUAUUCCUUUAUUGAAAAGGGCAUCGACGAAAUAGAAAACUUCAAGUGUGGCGAUGUUCGCUUCCACGACGACCAUGGAGUCAAGGCUUCCAAGCCACAUAGUCUUGACCAAAAGAGGGAUAUGAAAAUUAUCAGAGACAAGGCACUUAUAAUAAACGGCACGGGUGAAUAUCCCAUUAUCAGAAAAUGUUUUCUUGACAAAGCCUGGGAAAAAGAAGAUGUAAUUGUCAAAAAGAAAUGGUACAAGUUCGCUGGUUCUUCUACUUGGUUGGAUAAAUAUCAAGUGUUCUUUCUUGUCAGCAGAGUAGCCUACAGUCACCGUUCCCUUCGUAACAAGGCAACUAUCAGUAUCUUGUAUGCCCAAGUUUUCAACAAAAAUUGGGAAGAAAUACUCGACUACCAAUUUCCACAGUCUGAUAUUGUGUUCCCUGCCAUUCUUCCAGUUAAUUUAGAUGAAAAUCCUAGAGGAGAUAAUGCCUUUUUGGGAGCCGAUGAUCCUCGUGUAAUGUUGAGAAACUAUAACGAUACCACUAGUGGAACACAAGAACAAGAGCCAGUCAUAAUCUUCAAUACCUAUCGUGCCGAUCUUGGCUGGAAGAGAGCUAUACAUGUGUAUCGUCCAUUGACAAAUGUUAAAGAAGCCAUUCCAAUGAGGUUAGUUGGCAUGGAACCCAGACAGAGAGAAAAGAACUGGGCUCCUUUCUUUGACGAAGAUGCUUCAUCCAUUAAUUUCGUGUACAGUUUGAAUCCUUUGCGUAUUGUCAAAUGCGACUUCAACAACGGAGCUUGUAACAAGAUUUCCGGUGACGAUUUUGAAGAAGAUGAAGCCAGACCCUUGAGAGGAGGAACCAACGUUGUCAGAAUUCCAGCGUCUUUCCUUCCUAAACAUCUUGCCGAAAAGAGAGAAUACUGGUUUGGAAUUGCUCGUUCACAUGACCACAAAUGUGGAUGUAUCGAGAGGAUUUAUCGCCCUCACUCUUUUGUCAUUUCCAAAGCCUAUAAAACUGACGACUACACAAUGGACUACGUCAGUUCAUUUGUCGACUUUAAUAUCAAUACUAUGGCAUGGAAUCCGGCGUUAGAGAAAGCGAAGUGUACGGACAGUAAGAGCGUAUUAAUUCCCAACUCCAUUGCAUACUGGGACGUCAUUACUACAAAGGACAAGAAUGGCAAGGAUCAGCUUGAAGACAUAAUGGGUGUUACAUACUCAGAAGCAGAUAUUAACAACCGUCUUAUCCACGUUAAGGGGUUCUUGCAACAUGUCGCUAAGAUCUUCAGUGGUCAGAAAGAAACUGUCGUAAACCACUACGCCCAAGUUGAGACUGCCAGAGAGGAAAAUAAUUUGUUAAGUAAUUGUGCCACCUCACUUGCCCAAGAAUACUGUAAGCUGGCUGAAAAGAAGUUCAAAUGGGGCUACGACAAAAACGGCAAAAUGAGCACAUGAAUAGAAUAACUUUAUAUCGAAGAAUACCGGGAAAUAUACCAUUUUUUAAUCU